GUCCACCCCACGCCCGGGCGGCAACGCGCACGCUGCGCGUCCACACCCUUUUCCGGUCCGGGCUGCCCGACCGCUCUUGCUGCUGCUGGUGGAUGCUGCGCCUCUCGGAGCGCAAUAUGAAGGUGCUCUUAGCCGCCGCCCUCAUCGUGGGCUCCGUCGUCUUCCUUUUGCUGCCCGGACCCUCCGUGGCCAACGAUAAGAAGAAGGGACCUAAAGUCACAGUCAAGGUAUACUUUGAUUUACAAAUUGGAGAUGAAUCUGUAGGACGAGUGGUCUUUGGACUCUUUGGAAAGACUGUUCCAAAAACAGUGGAUAAUUUUGUAGCCUUAGCUACAGGAGAGAAAGGAUUUGGCUACAAAAACAGCAAGUUCCAUCGUGUCAUCAAGGACUUCAUGAUCCAGGGCGGAGACUUCACCAGGGGAGAUGGCACAGGAGGAAAGAGCAUCUAUGGUGAGCGCUUCCCAGACGAGAACUUCAAGCUGAAGCACUACGGGCCUGGAUGGGUGAGCAUGGCCAAUGCAGGCAAAGACACCAAUGGCUCACAGUUCUUCAUAACCACAGUCAAGACCUCCUGGCUGGAUGGCAAGCAUGUGGUUUUCGGCAAAGUUCUAGAGGGCAUGGAUGUGGUACGGAAGGUGGAGAGCACCAAGACAGACAGCCGGGACAAGCCGCUGAAGGAUGUCAUCAUUGCCGACUGCGGCAAGAUUGAAGUGGAGAAACCCUUCGCCAUUGCCAAGGAGUAGAGGGCCUAGGGGCCCUCAUCCCUCUAAGCAGCUGUCUGUGUGGGUCCUGUCGAUACCCACACAGGCGAAGGUAGCCAGUCACAAGGUUCUGUGCCACCCUGGCCCUAGUGCUUCCAUCUGAUGGGGUGACCUCGCCCCUCACAUUCCACAGGCCUGAUUUUUAUAGAAAAAACUCCUACCAAUGCUGAUCAAUAAAGUGGGUUGGUUUUUUUUAUAACUUG